AAUUGAGGAUACUCAAGGGAGGUGGUUGCUCAUUUGAUCGGUGCUCAGGGCUGUCCUCUCCUGUGUUGAUCGGUUCUUAGGGCAAGCCAAGCUUACUUGUGUUGUGUUUAGGAAGCUUGAGCAAAAAGGGAGAGAAAUCAAAGGCUAGAAAUCUAAUUGUUGUUGCAAACUAAGCAACUAUGGAUACGAAAGACGGUGCAGAUUUCGAGGGAAUGCAAUACUUGCGGCAAUCGCAAGCACAACAGCUGCAAGACCAAACUAAAACUUUCGAUGCAAAGAAAUGGAUUUGGAUUCCAGAACAAGAAAAGAAGGGAAUUGAAGGCUUUAUUCCUGCCGUAGUCAAAUCGACCACCGGGGAGAAAUGCGAAGUUGAGACUCAGGAUGGAAAGAGCUAUACUGUCAAGAAAGAUGACAUCCAACAAAUGAAUCCCCCAAAAUUCGAAAAGACAGAAGAUAUGGCAGCACUGACCUAUCUAAACGAAGCUAGCGUCUUGUACAACUUGAAGGCCAGAUAUACAGCUGCAAUGAUCUACACAUACUCCGGCCUUUUCUGCGUAACAAUCAACCCGUACAGAAGGCUGCCAAUCUACACAGAUGACGUCAUCAACUACUACAGAGGCAAGAGAAGGGCUGAAGUGCCACCACACGUUUUCGCCAUUGUUGACAACGCCUAUCAAGACAUGUUGAUUGACCACGAAAACCAGUCGCUUUUGAUCACAGGAGAGUCUGGUGCAGGAAAGACUGAAAACACCAAAAAGGUCAUCCAGUACCUCGCAAAAGUCGCCGGUGUUGAAAAGAAAUCAAAGGAAGAGCCUGCCGAAAAGAAGAAUAUGAUGGGUGGAACUUUGGAUGAACAAGUAGUUGAAGCUAACCCUAUCCUGGAAGCAUAUGGUAACGCAAAAACCAUCAGGAACAACAACUCUUCUCGAUUUGGUAAAUUUAUCCGUUGCCACUUCAGUCAGACUGGUAAAUUGGCCGGUGCUGAUAUCGAGUCAUACUUGCUCGAGAAGUCACGUGUUGUGCAUCAGAUGUCCAAUGAAAGGAACUACCACAUUUUCUACCAACUUCUUUAUGCCUCAUCAAAUGAAUAUCAAGAAAAGCUUCUGUUGCCCUCAAGAGAGGCCAAAGAGUACAACUUCCUUGUUAAAGGUUGCUACCAUGUUGAUGGCAUUGAUGAUCACGAAGAGUUCCAAUAUACAGAGAACGCUGCCAGAGUCUUGGGUUUCAAUGAAGAAGAGAAAUUGAGUAUGUACAAAAUCUGUACUGCCAUUCUUCAUAUGAGUAACAUCAAGUUGAAGCAAAGGCCAAGAGAAGAGCAAGCUGAGGUUGCCGAUCCCGCUGAUGGUGAAAAAGUAGGGUUCUUGCUUGGAAUCCCAGUGACUGAGUUCCACAAAGGCCUGACAAAACCAAAGGUAAAAGUCGGAACCGAAAUGGUGCACAAAGGCCAGAACAUGGACCAAGUAACCUAUGCCAUAGCCGCAUUGUCUAAAGCCAUGUACGAAAGGAUGUUCUGGUGGUUGGUCGCACGUGUCAACAAAGCCUUGGACACAAAGGAAAGGAGAUCAUACUUCAUCGGUGUGCUCGAUAUUGCAGGAUUCGAGAUUUUCGACUACAACACCUUCGAACAAUUGUGCAUCAACUUGACAAAUGAGAAAUUGCAGCAGUUUUUCAACCAUCACAUGUUCGUCCUUGAGCAAGAAGAAUACAAGAAAGAAGGAAUUGAAUGGGAAUUCAUUGAUUUUGGUCUUGAUCUGGAAGGUACAAUUGCCUUGAUUGAGAAGCCAAUGGGAAUUUUCGCCAUUCUUGAGGAGGAAUGCAUCGUCCCAAAAGCAACUGACGAGACCUUCCUUGCCAAGCUCCACAAGACCCACGAUGGCAAGCAUCCAAGUUACGGAAAGCCAAGCGUCAAAGAAAAGGCGAAGGCUGACUUUUUGUUGCAUCAUUACGCCGGCUCCGUCCCAUACAGUGUCAAGAACUGGCUCCAGAAGAACAAGGAUCCCAUCAAUGAAACUUGCGCAGCACUGUAUGCCAAGGCUACCAAUGCACUACUGGCUCAAAUUUUCCAAGAUUACAACCCAGAUGUUACUGGCGGAAGGCGUAAGGGAUCUGCUUUCCAAACUGUCAGCAGCAGGCACAAGGAACAACUGCACAAUCUAUUGACAACUUUGGGCCACACGUACCCACAUUUCGUACGUUGCAUUAUCCCCAAUGAGCAGAAGAAACCAGGUCUAAUUGAAGCCCACCUUGUAUUGCACCAGCUUAGAUGUAACGGUGUGCUUGAGGGUAUUCGUAUUUGCCGUAAAGGUUUCCCAAGCAGAAUGUUGUUCCAGGACUUCAGAAUGAGGUACAAGAUUUUGGCUCCAAACGCCAUCCCAGCUGGUUUCAUUGACGGUAAGGUCGCUGCCGAGAAACUUAUCGAGUCCUUGCAACUUGAACAAUCCGAGUACAGAGUCGGUGCAACUAAAGUCUUCUUCAAGGCAGGUAUUGUUGGUGAGCUUGAGGACAUGCGUGACGAACGGCUGUCUAAGAUCAUUGCUCAAUUCCAGGCCUACUGCAAAGGUUUUCUUAUGCGCAAAGAGUACAAGAAGAUGUGCGAUCAGAGAAUGGGUCUUGCUGUUAUUCAACGAAAUGUGCGCAAAUUCCUUUUCUUGAGAAACUGGUCUUGGUGGACGUUGUUCAAUAAAGUGAAGCCAUUGCUGAAUGUUGCACGUGCAGAAGAGGAAAUGAAAGAGAGGGAAGAAGAGCUUAAAAAAGCCAUGGAAAAGGCCGAAAAGGAGGAGAAAGAAAGAAAAGAAUUGCAAGAGAAACUCACAGAGACAAUGGAGGAGAAGACAAAACUGUUCGAAGAUUUGCAGAAGGAAUCCGAGAGACUUGUUGGUGCUGAAGAGAGGAUCAUGGUUUUGCAAGUUGACAGAGACAAGCUUGAGACCCAGCUUACCGAAGCACUGGAGCGCUUGGAAGAUGAAGAGGGCGCUACCACACGUCUCGAAGAAGACAAGAAAUCACUUGAGACUCUACGAGACGAAUUGCAAGACAAGAUUGAAGAAAAUACUCAAUCUAUUGCUAAGCUCGAGAAAGAGAAGGCUAACCGCGACAAACAGAUUGAAACACUGACCGAAGACCUAAGUAGGCAGGACGAAGCUGUUGCAAAGCUUAGCAAAGAAAAGAAGAACCUGGAAGAUUCUCUUUCAGAGCAGAUCAAUGCAACUCAGAGUGCAGAAGAUAAAUGCAAUCAUUUGACAAAGACAAAGAAGAAGUUGGAAGAAAAUGUGGCCGAUCUCGAAAUAAGCUUACAGAAGGAGAAAGACGCCAGGAGUAAAGUUGAUAAGGAGAAGAGAAAGGUGGAAGGAGAUUUGAAGAGCACCCAGGAAACUUUGUCGGAAACCCUCCAGGCCAAACGCGAAGUAGAAGACAAGCUUUCAAAGCGAGACAAGACCAUUAAUGAAAUGACCGCGGCAACUGAACAAGAUCAGCGAACAAUCAGCAAUCAUGCAAAGAAGAUCCAAGAGCUUUUGCGUCGCAUCGAAGAACUCGAGGAAGAGCUUGAAAACGAACGCAAGGCUCGACAGAAGGCCGAAAGAGCUCGUGCUGAGCUUGAAGCUGAAUUGGAGAGCUUGAGAGACAGACUUGAGGAGCAAGGUGGAGCCACAACAGCUCAGGUCGAGCUUAACAAGAAGCGCGAACAAGAGAUUUCCAAAAUGAGAAAGGACAUGGAAGAUGCAAACCAGGCCUCAGAGCAAGUCUUGCAACAGACCCGCCAGAAGCUGAAUGCACAAAUCCAAGAAGCCCAGGAUGAGCUCGAUCAAUUCAAGAAGGCCAAGGCCAAGACUGACAAAGAAAAGAGCACAUUGCAGGCUGAUUACGAUGAUCUGGUCAACCAGUUCGAAACAUUGAAGAAACAAAAGGCAAAUUCAGACAGAAACAACAAGGCUUUGGAAGAGCAGCUGAACGAAACCAAGGCUAAGCUCUCACACACCGAAGGCAGCGUAUCUGACUUGGAAUCAAUGAAAACAAGGAUGUCAUCUGAGUCAACCAACUUGAACGCCCAGAUUGAAGAGCUUGAGCACCAAAUCGGCAUGCUCCAGAAGAACAACAAGACCCUGGACAACAGCUUGAAUGAAAUGAAGCAAGCGUACGAGGACGAGCUUCGUGGCAAGCAAGACGCCCAGCAUAAAUGCCAGCAAGCUUUGGCCGAGAUUGAACAGCUCAAUGAGAAUCUUGAGGAGGAGCAAAACGUCAGAAGUGCUCUGCAAUCAAAACUGUCUAAGGCUGCCAGCGAGGCCCAGCAGUGGCGCGGCAAAUACGAAACCGAGGGUGCCAAUCGCGUUGAGGAACUUGAAGAUUCCAAGAAAAAGCUCACUGCCAAGGUGCAAGAGAUGGAAGAGGCUCUUCAAGCUGCCGAGCUCAAGGCCCAAUCAAUGGAGAAAGCCAAGAACAGGAUGAAUGGCGAGCUAGAAGAUCUCAAUAUUGACUUGGAGAAGGCUCAAGCUCAAGCAUCAAGUUUGGAGAAGAAGCAGAAGAAGGUCGACCAACAGAUCAACGAAUGGAAGAACAAGUGCGAAGAAAUCCAACUUGACCUCGACAACGCGCAACGCGAAUCACGCUCGUACUCCACUGAGCUUCUAAAGAUGAGAACAUCUCACGACGAAGCCAUUGACAGGAUGGAGGCGCUCAAGAAGGAAAACAAGAACUUGCAAGAUGAAAUUCGCAGCAUCACUUCUCAGCUGUCUGAAGGUGGAAAGAGCUCUCACGAGUACGAAAAGAUGAGGAAGAAGUACGAAAUGGAAAAGGAAGAACUCUCAAUUGCGUUGGAAGAAGCCGAAGCUGCUCUUGAGCAGGAAGAAGGCAAGGUGCUGAAAGCACAACUUGAAUUGACCCAGGUCAGGCAAUCCAACGAGCGCAAGCUUGCCGAGAAGGACGAUGAAAUUGAGAACUUGAGAAAGAACCACCAACGGCAGAUUGACAGCGUACAGCAAGCCUUGGAUGCAGAACAGAAGUCGAAAGCUGAGCAUGCAAGACAGAAGAAGAAGGCUGAAGUUGACUUGGCCGAGCUCGAAUCUCAGAUUGACACAUCGAACAGAGUCAAUGCUGACCAGUCCAAGACCAUCAAGAAGUUGCAGCAACAGAUGAAGGAAUUGCAAUCAAUGCUUGAGGAUGAGCAACGGGCAAGAGAUGACGGCCGUGACGUCACUGCUCGCUCGGAGAGACGUUGCAAUGACUUGCAGCAAGAACUCGACGAGCUCAAGAUGGCAUAUGAACAGAUUGAGCGUGCAAGGAAAUUGGCUGAGAACGAACGCAACGACAACAACGAUAGGGUGCAUGAAUUGGCACAACAAAUCCAAGUAUUGCAGAAUUCGAAAAGAAAGGUUGAAGGUGACUUGCACUCUGUUCAAGAAGAGAUCGAAGAAUUGGAGAACGAGGCAAGAGCAGCUGAGGACAGAGCAAACAAAGCUUUGGCUGAGGUUGCAAGAAUGCAAGCAGAGUUGGCUGCAGCACAAGACUCAGCAUCCAGUGCCGAAAAGGGCAAAUCGAACUUCGAGAAGCAGUUGCGUGACAUGCAAGGACGACUUGAAGAGGCCGAGGCAGCUGGAGGCAAAAACUUGAAAGCCCAGAUAAGAAAAUUGGAACAACGUUGCCGCGAUCUUGAAGCAAGCUUGGACGACGAGUCUCGAAAGAAUGCCGAAACAAUUAAGAACCAACGCCGAUCCGAAAAGAAGUACAAAGAUUUGCAAUUCCAGAUGGAAGAGGAUCACAAGAACGCAGAGCGUGCCCAAGAACAGGUUGACAAACUGAAUGCAAGACUGAAGAAGAUGAAAUCACAGCUCGAUGAAGCGGAGUCUUCAGCACAGCAGAAUCUUGCCAAGUUCAAGAAGGCUCAAAUGGAGUCUGAGGAUGCAGAGGAACGGGCAGAGGCAGCCGAGCAAGCGCUCCAGAAAGCACGGGCACGUGCUAGAACUAGCGCAAGCUCAGGAGCAGCAACCGGACUUAGAACGGGAAGCCGAGCCCCAAGUGGAGCCAGGACACCAAGAACACGUGGCGGAGCUGAAGAAUAAAUACAAGCAAAACUGCAAUGAACAAUAAAAUAAACGUUAGGACCCCGAAUUCCAAAAAAAUAAGGACGACGAUAUUUAUUCAAAUCCUCUACCUCAUCGCUCUUGGUAGCUAGGAUAAAUGCUCUUUUAAAACAAACUGUCUGGUGUUAAUUGUAGAAUAUUUCAUCUCUCGUUACGAAGUUAGCAUCUCAGCAUUUUUAGUACUUUUAUGAUUUUUUAGUCUAACUGCGUGUAUAAAGUUCAAGAAUCAUUCAUCGAUAGCAAUUUUUCUAUACAAUCUACCUGUAAUAAUUUUUGAUCAAUUUCAAUUUUCUAUGAUUGCUUUACCAUAUUAAACUACUCGAGUUCGUUUA